CGUCGUCGUUUGUCACGCGCUUUUGGUUCAGUACCAGUGCAAACAUGUCCGUGGACGUAAUGACCAGCAAGUUCGGUAACAUCACGCUGAAGACCAGCACGCCCAAAAAGGAUCCGGGCGACGACGACGUGGCCAUCCUGUCGUCAUUUCUACCGGAAUACCUGAUGAGCCCCGCGGCCAUAACCAAGAACAAGGCGUUCGAAUGUUCGAUGAAACGGGACUGCAGACUGGGAGACCCCAAAGCCACCCCUCCAGGAACGAAAAAGAUGGAGUACAAGACUAGACAGUGGCACGAGAAAUGUUUCAGCUGCGUUGUGUGCAAGUCGGCCAUCGGCACCAAGAGCUUUAUACCAAGAGAACAGGAAGUUUACUGCGCCACUUGCUACGAGGAAAAAUUCUCGACCCGUUGCGUUAAGUGUGACAAGAUUAUCACUAGUGGCGGCGUGACAUAUAAAAACGAACCUUGGCACAGGGAAUGCUUCACGUGUAGCCAUUGCAGCACGUCGCUGGCUGGACAGCGUUUCACGUCCAGAGACGAAAAACCGUACUGUGGAGAUUGUUUCGGAGAGUUGUUCGCCAAAAGAUGCACUUCAUGUGUAAAACCGAUUACAGGUACGUCAUCUGCAACAAAACUCGUGUCAUGUAAUAGGAGAAUAUGUUCCUGAGGAAUAUAAGAGAAA